AUUAUUAACUACUUUGCUUUUGCCUCAAAUAAUCUUCCCUCCCCUCCCACUUAAAAAACCAUAUCAAUGUGAACGCACCACAUAAAAUUAUUUCUUAACACACCCUCAAAUUUUCAUUUAAUUACUAUUUUACUACACCCGUGUUGCAUUCAAUGUUUAAUAAGCUCUUCUUCAUGGUUCUGUCAUGUUUCUCAAUUGAGCAAUAAAUUCACCUGUGCAACAAAAUAAAAAAACAAAGAUGGAAGAUUAUGAAGUGGUGGAGCAGAUUGGAAGAGGAUCUUUUGGAGAUGCUUUUCUUGUUCUUCACAAAUCUGAGAAGAAGAGGUAUGUCUUGAAGAAGAUUCGUCUGGCCAAGCAAACCGAAAAAUUCAAGAAAACUGCACACCAGGAAAUGGCUUUGAUGGAAAAAUUGAAGAACCCGUAUAUUAUCGAGUACAAGGAUGCAUGGGUGGAGAAGGGCUCGUUCGUGUGCAUCGUGACGAGUUACUGCGAAGGUGGAGACAUGGCAGAGAUAAUCAAGAAAGCUAGACGAAUACAUUUUCCUGAAGAGAAGAUAUGCAGAUGGCUAACUCAGCUUCUUUUAGCAUUGGAUUACCUGCACUCUAACAGAGUCCUUCAUCGGGAUCUUAAGUGCUCAAAUAUUUUCCUUACCAGAGACAACGAAAUCAGACUCGGUGAUUUCGGAUUAGCUAAAUUGCUGAAUAAAGAUGAUCUUGCUUCAUCAGUGGUAGGCACUCCAAACUACAUGUGUCCGGAAAUUCUAGCGGAUAUACCGUACGGCUAUAAGUCGGAUAUAUGGUCUUUAGGCUGUUGCAUGUUUGAAAUAGCUGCGCAUCAACCUCCGUUCCGGGCUACAGAUAUGGCUGCACUCGUCAACAAAAUAAACAGAUCCACCCUCUCUCCUCUCCCGACAGUAUAUUCUUCUUCACUGAAGCAACUGAUCAAAACCAUGCUUCGAAAAAGUCCAGAACAUAGGCCAACGGCUGCAGAGCUUUUGAGGCAUCCUCAUUUACAACCAUAUCUUGCUAAGUACAGCAAUUUAUCUCCCGUUUUUCUCCCCGUAAAACGAGUGAACAAACCUAACAAUAACGGGCUAAUGAAAGAGCCAACUGUUACUACGAAAAAGGAUGGUAAGAAGAAGACAAGAUUGCCCCUCGAUCAUGGAAAUUCAUCGAAGUACAUUUCUCCCAGUUCUAUCAAAAUCACUAAAUUCAAUUCGGCCGGUAAAAGCAAAAGUACGAACUCUGUAUGCUCAUCCGGAACAAGUACGUUGACAGAUCAGCAAGAAGAUCAGACAGAACGAACAGAAGAAGAAGAAGAAGAAGAACAAGAACAACAACAACAACAACAACCACCUGAGCAAGAACAAAUUCACUGUGAAGUUGCUAUUGAUAAUAAGACAACGGAAAAGAUAAACGGGAGCUCGAGUAGCGUAUACAACAAUUGGCCGGUUGAAGAAGAAAUUUCAACCGAUAAAGCACAAGCAAUGGAGUCUUUGCUUGAGCUUUGUGCGCAGCUUCUCAAACGCCAGAAGCUAGAGGAGCUUGCCGGAAUUUUGAAGCCGUUUGGGGAAGAAGAUCAAGCUGUUUCGUCGAGAGAAACUGCGAUUUGGUUGACAAAGGGGCUCAUCAAUAUUCAAAGACCUGGUUGAGAAGAAGCUCAUCAUCAUAUUUAAUUUGUUUUUUUUUUCCCCAUUUCUUGAAUGUAAAAACUGUCUAUAUAUCUAGGUGGUUUGUUUGUGAUAAGUGUAGUUGAUUAACCAAAUGUAGGUUAAAAUCCGGGAGGUUAGAUGUUACAUCGGGUGCUUGUUAACUGUAGAUGAGGUUUCACACAUACACUUGGGUGUGUGUAAUUAUGUGUAAAUCUACGGUUAAGUAACCGUAUGUAAAUAACUCUGGUGUAGCAUCUAAGCAUCGCAUGAUUCUCUCC